GCAGUGAGAGUGUGUGCGCAAGUUUUCGUCCUGCCCUCCUCCUCCUCCUCCUUCUCCUCCUCCUCCCUUCGCUGGAGUGUCUCCGGCCGGGCUGGUGCGGUAGUCUGAGGGAUGGGGGGUUAGAGCUCUGCACCGUCAACUACCUGUGUGGCCCCCGCAUGGAGGACAGUGUCCGGGGAUGCGUCUGAUGGAGGAGUUUUUAUCCGAGACGCCAGUGCCUGCUGCUCAUCAGCAACUGAUCGGGCAUGCUGCCGACGUUACGACACUUUAUUGACAACACAAGCAAAGGCAUUGCAUGUGCCGACUUUUUUCUGUGAAUAUGGCUUUGUGAGAAACUCUUGGCUCGCCACCCUCGCCCGGGAUUCCCCGCAGUAUUUUCAACACAGAGACGAGGAGGGGGGGGUAAAUCUGCAAAAAUGGACAGAGAAACUAUUGGUACUCAAUAUGAGCCCGUGGCCGAGAUUGGAGAAGGAGCCUACGGGAAGGUGUACAAGGCGAGAGACCUGAAGAACGGGGGACGCUUUGUAGCCCUAAAAAGAGUUCGAGUCCAGACGGAGGAAGAGGGGAUGCCUCUCUCCACCAUCCGGGAGGUGGCGGUACUGAGGCAGCUGGAAGCCUUCGAGCACCCCAAUGUUGUCAGGCUGUUUGAUGUGUGCACAGUCUCACGGACUGACCGAGAAACCAAACUCACUCUGGUCUUUGAGCAUGUGGAUCAGGACCUGACCACCUACCUGGAGAAGGCCCCAGAUCCCGGAGUACCACCCGAGACCAUCAAGGAUAUGAUGUACCAGCUGCUUCAGGGGUUGGACUUCCUGCACUCGCACCGCGUGGUUCACCGUGACCUGAAGCCCCAAAACAUCCUGGUCACCAGCGGAGGGCAGAUCAAGUUGGCCGACUUUGGUCUCGCUCGUAUUUACAGCUUCCAGAUGGCGCUCACCUCUGUGGUUGUGACGCUGUGGUACAGAGCUCCUGAAGUACUGCUCCAGUCCAGUUACGCCACGCCGGUGGACCUGUGGAGCGUGGGCUGCAUCUUCGCCGAGAUGUUCAGGAGAAGGCCGUUAUUUCGAGGAAACUCAGAUGUUGAUCAGCUGGGGAAGAUUUUUGAUGUUGUUGGCGUACCUUCAGCAGAAGACUGGCCUCAGGAAGUGGCCCUACCACAGAGUGCCUUCACCCCUCGGCCGCCAAAACCAAUAGAGGACCUGGUUCCAGACAUGGACGAGCAAGGACGGGCCCUGUUAAUGCAAUUCCUCGCCUUCAACCCUUCCAGGAGAAUAUCAGCCUUCGCUGCACUGAGUCACCCCUACUUUCAAAGCGUGGACAGCCACAGCAGGAGUGUGUAUGCAGCCCAGCCCAUCCCCAGCAACAAGCCCACUAUGGAGGAGAGGACUGCCUGACCGCAAUCCUUCACCGCGAGUCAUCCAGCACAGCGUGUAGAAAAGAAAAAAAAAAACCCUCUUUGGUGUUUCCCAUCUUCGACCAUUUUUCAAAUGAGAAAUCAAAGUGCAUUCAUUGAGUUUUUUUGCCACUGACCAAAAGGAAAAAAAUGUUAGAAUCAAAUUUAAAUCCGUACAGGAGAACAGGUUUUACAAGACGAAUUUCUGUUUGGAAACCUCUUAGCAUGGUAGUUUCUGUUCAGAUUCAUGGAGUUCAGUCAGACUCUGUUAAACUGUGAGACUUGACCAAAUGUCUUGUGUUUUCUGCCUGACGUCAGUUUUAAAGCAGAUCUUCUCAGUUAGGUUCUCCCAGGCCUCGGUUUGAUCAGCCAGAAAAGAAUCUUUAAUUUGGUAUCCUGGCCUCCUGCCUUCAGUGUCUCGUAUCUCUUUUGGCAAACGCACACGGACACUUUCCAACCAUUAGUCUCUCUGGGUGAUCGUUGCUGCAGUUACACACACUCAGUUCAGAUCCUACGCUUGGCUUCCGCUGAUAACAUGUCGGGAUCAGACAGUCCUGAGGGGUCUGAUGCGUCGCCUCUUUGUCAGAAUUUUAUUUAUCAGCGUUUUAAAAACUCAAUAGAAUUUUUCAGUCUGCUCUUGAAUUGAACAGCGGAAGACGGGGAAACGCUCAAGACGGGGACUCCUGCUUUUUUAGCCAGUGUCGGAAGCUCUGCAGAAUACGCAGAGAGAGGAUGACGACGUGGAGAGCGAGGACGCCGCUGCUCUCAGCCCUUGAACCAUGCACAACAAGCUUGUCCUUCCAUGAACUGAUGGAUUGUAAAUGCUGCUUUUAGGAUGUGAAUUGUCGAUAAUUGACUUUGUGUAUCAAUGCAAAGAGGCUCGCAUCUCAGAUCGGCUGAGUUGUGGGCGGACUGACUGUGGAGGCCGUGGAGCCGAAGCCUCUCGAUGACCAGUGUUUAUUCUUGAAAGAGCCUCCUUGACUGUGUGUGGGGGGGGGGGAAGACCAGGACCCGGACCAUUCAGCAGAUGGAGUGGACAGUGUGGAUCUCGCCUGCCUUCAUUGCUUUUCCGUGGACGAACAGUAGAAACACACCUGCGGACAUUUAAUGCGUCCACGUAAGCGCACUCAUGUACUCACCGUGACAUUACCAGGCAUCACCAGCCAGCCACUCACUGCCAUGUCGUUAUCAUUCCAGUUUUACCUAUAAUAUUGCUGCCGCCUUGUGGAUGUCCAGAGUAGCUGCAGACCAGUAGCGGGAUUCUAAUGGUUUCUGCAGGCUUGGAUGGACCGUCGGUGCUGAGACAAUGAUGGAAGAUGUUAGAAAUGUUCCUGCCACUUACUUGGUAUUACAGACUUUCUUCUUUUUUUUUUGGAUGACAUUUAGUCUGCUAUCUUGGGCUUUUAUCAUUAUGAAAUCCAACUGUUUUGUACUAUCCAGAAGCUACAGUAAUGCACAGGCUUGCAAUAGGUGGCAAAAGUCCCACUGGCACUAUUCGAAAUGAAAACAUUUGGUAUAGUAUUGUGUCACCAAUAUUCUGUAUUUAAGUUUAAUUUUAUUUACAAGUUUUAUAUGCUUGUUACUUGAUUUUAUUUUUUUAAAUGCUGGGGCAUACAAGAUUCUUACACCUUUUCACAGCAACUCUGAUGAUUAUUGUAUGGUUUUGUGUAAGAAUAGUUUGACAGUGUGAGGAAUGUAUAAAGGAUAGGCAUUGGUACUGUACAGUAACUUGCGCUAGCUGUAACGAUAGAAGACCUGUGAUGUGCGCACUGCCGGCACAUAGACGUGUGGUAAAAGGCGUGUAGACGUAGAGUAGCGAGGGUCAGUGGAGCGUUGUAUGGCGAGAGUAUUUUGUCCUUUGAAAACGUGGGGUGGGCUCUGUGGGGUGCUUUUUUUAAAAAAUUUUAUUUCAUUGUACUUUGCAUUCAGAGUGACUACAGAUUUUACAGUAGUUUUGAUAAUGAAAUAAUGCACAAUUAUUUUGUGUACAAUUUUUUUUUUUUUUUUUGUGGUUUUUGUUUUUAAUCUUUAUUUUACUUUAAUGUGCCGUUAUAUUCCGGUUCAGUUUUUACCAGCAAAGCUAAAGAAAGUUAUGCAGAGUUGUAUUUUUGUAUGUAGUAGUUCUUGCAGAACAGUAACAUUAUAACACUGGUUUUUUGUUUUUUUUUUGUUUUUCCCUAACAGGUAGUGCAAUUAGCACACACACACAUACACACCUACAAACACAUUCUCCGACUUUCUCAGGUUCUCUAUGUGGACGUCCGAACCUCUCGGGCACCGUUUGCACAUCUCCAGGCUACUUAAAGAUCACAUUACAACUUCUUCAGGUUUUUCUUCAAGCUGUUUCUCAUCAUGUCACGGAUCCUAGUCUACUGUCAUUUCUAUUUAUCAGUGAUAUGUUACUGUAGUUAUUACUGUCUAAAGAUAACUGCCUGUAUAAACUGUUUUUUUUUUUUUUGCCUGCAGCUUUUAAUUGCAAAAUGGCAAACACCACAGAAAUACAUUAGUUUAAUGUCUGCUUAACUAAACACUGUGUGAAUUUUCAGUCGGAGACUCAAGCCUGAUUCAAAAGGUGCAUACAAUGCAAUGAAAGCUACAUAUUGGGUAUAGAGAGGUUUACAAUGAAAAUGACUGUUUUAGUCUCCUCAUAGCCAAUGCAAUCACUGAAUGCUUUUCGUAUGAUUUAACCAGUUUUUAAUGCAUUUCAAUCUUGUAACAGCUGAAGUCCACUGUUGAACUUUCCCGGUUUAAAAACCGACACAGCUUGAUCUGUCAUAUCACUCAAAUUGGCAUUAUACUUAUGUAUCAAUGCAUUGGUGUCUUAUUAUUGUGUUGCACCAGCUGAAUAAAAAAAGCAGCUUUU